AUGGCUCUGAGCUUUCGCUGGGCGGUAACUUGCAUCUUUUUCACAGCUACCACGGUCAGUGGAUUUACUCAGAAAGAACUCAAACAGAUUUUGCUGGAAAGGCUUGGGCUUCCUGAAGUCCCAGCUCUCCACAGGACAGACUUGGAGAAACUCGUCAUUCCAGAGCAUGUGAGAAAUAAAUACAUGUCCAUGCUGAAGCAGCACCACAUAAAGCGAAGAGCCUUACCAAGUCUAGCUGGGAUCCUGAGGGGGAUUCCUGGCAAUGCAGAUAUUUCAGGAGAAGUUCUCUAUUCAGAUACCACUCGCCAGAAGCUGAUCUUCGACAUGCAGGGUAGGAUACCGGAAAACAGUGAAGUCACCAUGGCUGAGCUGAAGCUUUUCAAAAAGCCAUUAGAGAAGGCCCAACUGCCCAUCCGUCAGUCUCAGAGGCCAGCCACAAAUGCCAGGGUGAGCGUGUACUGGGUUCAGCUUCAAGAGAAUGGCACCAACCGGACCUCUUUGAUCGAUUCAAGGUUAGUUCCAGUUAUGGAGUCUGGUUGGAGGAAUUUCGAUGUAACCCAGGCUGUGCACUAUUGGCUGAAGACUAAGAGACAGGGACCCAUGCUCCUGGAGAUCUGGAUUGAAGGAGAGCGAUUAGGCAGCUAUGCGUCUGAAAUGGCCAGAGUUGUGCGCUUUACUUCUCAGGACCCUUCUGAUAAAGCACUGGGGAAACCUGAGCUGGUGCUUUACACACUCAAUCUGGAGGAAUAUGGAGGACCUGGAGAUUGUAAAGAGGAAACCUUGACAGAGAGGACCAUCUGCUGCCGGCAGGAACAUUACAUCAAUUUCCGCGAGCUGACUUGGACUCAGUAUUGGAUUAUCGAGCCAGCCGGCUACCAGGCUUACCACUGUGUGGGUAUCUGCCGGCAGCCCAAGAACUUGCUGCGCCAUUUUGGUUAUGGAGAGAGAACCUGUGCUGCGGUAGAAAGUUCUCCACUUCCCAUGAUGUACCUUGUCAAGAAGGGCAACUAUACAGAAAUUGAAGUGGCAGAGUUCCCCAAUAUGAUUGUCGAAAAAUGUGGCUGCAUUAUGGACAAUAUAGCAGUGGUCUAG